AUGGUUGUCCUCGAACGCCUACCGGGCCUUGAAGUCGAGGUCCAUGUAAACGGACAGCCCGCCGCCGAACUUGAAAGCUCCGAUUUGCCGGAUGAGCACAGACAGGCCACACGCUACAUCGAAGCCGUCUCCGGUGCCGAGUUCCAUGUUCAGUGGACUUUCAACGCUGCCGACUUCAAGUACAGGAAUUACGCCAUCAACGGCAUUGUCUAUGUCGACGGCAAAUAUGCCGAUGGCCGCAUCUUCCGCCCGGACGCCGUCAAGCACAAGGAUUCCUUCACCGUCAAGAUGUCCGGAGUGUGGAAAAAGGAGAAGGGCCGCUUUGUUGAGCGGCCUAUGAUGUUCUCCGAUAUCAUGAUGGACGAGGCUGGUCAGAGUGCCGCGAUAAAAGGCCUCAAAGAGAAGCUGGACCUUCUCGGCGAAAUCACCGUCAAGCUAUACCGAGGCCGCGCCAUACCGUCGCAUGGCGAAGGAAGCCGAAAGGCCUUCAGCACCAUCGACAAAGUACCCGAAAGAGCUCUCAAGGGCCGGGCCGUCUCUCACCAAGCAAGUUUGGGGAAGGCUAGACAUAGCGGCGCUUGGAUCACCUGGGAUUUCGAGUACGAAGAUUACGAGAACGGGAAGAGGCAUCCGUUCGCCAUCUUCACAUUCAGGUACCGGUCACGAAGAGCUUUGCAGGCCGAGUGUAUUAUCCCGCGGACUCCGACCCCGGUGCCGUUAGAAGAGCGUCCGAUUGAAGAGCUCACACCUGAGGAACUACGAGAGCUUGUGCGGCGUCAAAGGGAACGAGAAGCUGCCCAAUUAGUCGUCAAGCAGGAGUUGAAGCGCGAAAGAGAGAGUAGCAGCAUGUUCACCCUCCCCAGUGUCUCCAGUGACAUGAUGGACUCGGACAUGGAGAUCAACGACGGGCCUUCUCGGAAACGGCAGCGGACGACCCAUGUCGAGGUCAUAGAUCUGUGUGACUCGGACUGA